UAAAGUGGUCAGUGGUCAAAUAAAUAGUGCAUUUUUGGAAGCGACUGUCAGUCUUGUGAGUUGUAUGAAAGGACAGCACACCAGAGCAAUAUGAAGGGAGGAGCACUUUGCCUCGCCGUACUGUUGGUUGCAGGGAUCAAACUGCGGCAAGCGGCACAUAUAAAUAACGAAGACAUCGAAGUGGUCACCAUUAGGGAGGUGACAGACCCAGUCGAGCGCGAGCUUGGCACUGACCAGCCUGACGCACGGUACCAAUUUGACGCACACGGCAAGAGCUUUGAUCUCCGUCUGAAGAGAAACAACCGAAUCAACUUGAGGACGACGCCCGUGCACUACUGCGACCACACUGGGAGAAUUACAAAGAAAGCUCUAGGGAGCGAUGACGAUUUCACUCUCUAUCAAGAUAAGGCCAGCAACGCCGCUGUUGCAGUAUAUACCGAUAAAAGAGAUGCAAAAAAUCAAAAGAAAAUGGAGGGUUUUGUUAUCGAUGCAGACCAAAUGUAUGAAGUUCGUCACUUAGAGGACGACAAAUACGUCGUGGCCCGUCAGAACAUAGAAUCAAAACCCCCGGGAGAGGAAGACGUCGACACAUAUGCCGAGAAACCAACACGUCGUCAGCUUCACCUCCACGUUCGCCGGUCAGCCGACGCGUCCACUCUCCUCCGGACCCUGAUGGACGUGCUGACCGCUGUUAACAAGCAGAAAACUGAUAAAGCCAUAGAACUUAGCAAGAAACAGACAUAUAGUGGGUCCCACAUUGACGCCAGCGUGGAACUCAUGGUGUGCACUGAUGACACGAUCUGGACCUACUUUUUGGGGCGGAAUAACCAAGACGCUGCUGCGGCGGAAACGGAACUGAAAAGAUACUACGCUCUGAUAACUAAUGGGAUGGACCUUCGCUACCAGAAUAUUGAGGAUCCAGAUUUGAAUAUUUACGUUGUGUUGGCAGCAUAUGCUAUUGUCCAGGGCGCCGGUGGGGCUCCUUGGUUUAGUAAUAACGUGCUACCAGGGGAACCGGAGAAAAACGGAAGGAAAAUGGUGAAUAAAACAUCCUCCCUGAAUGACUGGUGCAAGUACCGUAAUGACAACUACGGUUCUUUCAGCGAACAUGAUCACGGAAUGGCAUUCACUAUGUGA